GUGACCUGCAUGGAGAAUGCCAGACAACUCCAGUCUCACACACACACACACACACACACAAAUCUGGGUUGAACAAAGAUAAGGCAGACAGCGGAGCGUUUGGGACAAGACAGCCUAUACCAAAAACACCCUCAUUCCAAGCAGAUCAGAAAACACCAACAGCAGCAAAAUGAGGUACCUUCUGGCCUGGUCCCUUUGUGCCUUCCUAUUUGGUAGUACAGCUGCCAUUGAGUUGAUGGACAUGUUUGGGGAGAUCCAGUCCCCUAACUUCCCAGAUUCCUACCCCAGUGACUCGGAAGUGACUUGGAAUAUUUCUGUGCCGGAAGGAUUUAGAAUCAAACUCUACUUCAUGCAUUUUGACCUGGAAUCAUCCUACCUCUGUGAAUAUGACUACGUGAAGGUUGAGGCUGAAGACCAAGUUUUGGCAACUUUCUGUGGCAGGGAGACUACAGACACGGAGCAGACCCCUGGGCAACAGGUGGUCUUGUCUCCGGGUCCUUACAUGGGCCUCACAUUCAGAUCUGACUUCUCCAAUGAGGAGCGCUUCACUGGCUUUGAUGCCCAUUACACAGCAGUGGAUGUGGACGAGUGCCUGGAAAAGAGUGACGAGGAGCUGGCCUGCGACCACAACUGCCACAAUUACAUCGGGGGGUACUACUGCUCCUGCCGAUUUGGCUACAUCCUGCACUCCGACAACAGGACUUGCAAAGUGGAGUGCAGCAGCAACCUCUUCACCCAGAGGAGUGGGGUGAUCACCAGCGCCGACUUCCCCAGCGCCUAUCCCAAGAGCUCCGACUGCCUGUACCGCAUUGAGCUGGAGGAAGGCUUCCUCAUCAGCCUGCAGUUUGAAGACAGCUUCGACAUUGAGGACCACCCGGAGGUGUCCUGCCCCUAUGAUUACAUCAAGAUUAAAGCCGGUCGGAAGGAGUUCGGCCCUUUCUGUGGGGAAAAAUCCCCAGGACGUCUAGAAACCCAAAGCAACAGUGUUCAGAUCCUGUUCCACAGUGACAGCUCAGGAGAGAACCGAGGGUGGAAGUUAUCCUACACAGCAAUCGGGAACCCGUGCCCACUGGUGCAGCCGCCACUCAACGGGAGAAUCGAGCCUUCGCAGGCCAAGUACACUUUUAAGGACCAGGUGGUCAUCAGCUGCAACACCGGCUACAACAUGCUAAAGGAUAACAUGGAGAGCGACUCCUUUCAGAUCGAGUGUCUGAAGGAUGGAACAUGGAGCAACAAGAUCCCCAUCUGCAAAAUUGCUGACUGCAAAGCGCCCGUGGAGCUGGAGCAUGGGUCCGUCACCUUCGCCACGAGGAACAAUCUCACCACAUACCAGUCAGGGAUCCGGUACUCCUGCCAGCGACCCUACUAUCAGAUGGCCCCAAAUAUCACCGGCACGUACACCUGUGAUGCUAAGGGGGCGUGGAAGAGCGAGGAGCUGGGGACCAAGCUGCCGUCUUGUCGACCAGUGUGUGGCCAGCCAGUUCGCCCUCUGCCCGGGAUAAUCAAGCGCAUCAUUGGAGGGCGGAAUGCGGAGCUCGGCUUCUUCCCUUGGCAGGCCCUGAUCGUGGUGGAGGACACAUCCAGGGUCCCCAAUGACAAGUGGUUCGGCAGUGGGGCCCUCCUCUCUGACUCCUGGGUGCUGACGGCGGCUCACGUCCUCCGCUCCCAGCGCCGGGACAACACCGUCAUCCCGGUGUCCAAGGAGCACGUCACUGUCUACCUGGGCCUACAUGACGUGAGAAACAAGAAGGAUGCCGUGAACCGGACAGUGGAGGAGAUCAUCCUGCAUGGGGGAUUCGACAUCCAGAACUACAACCAUGACAUUGCCCUGGUCAAGCUGAAGGAGAAGGUGACCAUGGAUACCUACGUAAUGCCAGUCUGCCUGCCCCAGUUUGAGCACGAGUUGGAAGGGCCUCACCCCAACACUUUGGGCCUGGUGGCCGGUUGGGGCAUCUCCAACCCCAACAUCACCGUGGAUGAGAUCAUCGGCUCGGGUAUGAGGACGCUGUCCGACAUCCUGCAGUAUGUCAAGCUGCCGGUGGUGCUGCAUGCUGAAUGCAAGACCAGCUACGAGUCCCGCUCAGGCAACUACAGCGUGACUGAGAACAUGUUCUGUGCCGGCUAUUACGAAGGGGGGAAGGACACCUGCCUGGGAGACAGCGGAGGAGCCUUCGUCAUUCAGGACCCCAGGACCCAGAGGUGGGUGGCCCAAGGCCUGGUCUCGUGGGGUGGGCCAGAAGAGUGUGGAAGCAAGCAAGUGUAUGGGGUGUACACCAAAGUGUCUAACUAUGUGGACUGGGUAGAGGAGAAGAUGGGAUCCUCACACAGGUGGACAUUCCUGGAUCCUGAACUGAAGAGAUGAGCUCGCCCCAGCCAGCAGGCACGACUCUGGUCUUCUGCAACCAAUAACAGCCACUCUCAGUCCCCUCCAGCCUUAUUUCACGGGGUUUGCUUGGCAUCACGUUCCUUCAUGCACUGUCGUAGGAAACGUCCGCUCAGCACCUCAUGGGAAAUGAGCUGAUGGGCCUCAGCCAGGUUCCUUAGCGGGACAGGCAUCCACGUCACCCAGAAGAUACCACCACGGCUACCUGGCCCCUGUGCCGGCGUCUCCGCAGAGGGGCCAAGGACUGGGUGGGGCUGUGGAGACUGACUUGCACUCUCACGCUUGCUGGGGGAUGGUUCCUUCAGGUCAGGGUUGAUGUACCUUCACGGGGGAAGCCAUGCCCUGCUGCUGUGCAGAGAGGCCAUCAGCACCCAGGCUGUCAAGCCAGCACAUUCCACCAGCACUAACCCACUUCUGAAAUUCCUCCAGGGUGGGGAGAGGCAGGAAAACCCAGCUGUAGUGACACAGGGCCCACAAAGCCCCUUGCCCUGACUCUAGACAAAGAGCUCACCUCCUUAGUAGUGAUAACAGGGGAGGGGGUUCUUGCUUAUCUCUUUAUCCUGCUUUAUCUUCAAACCAAACUCCUGCUGGGAGCUCCCUUCAGCACCAGGCAGUCAGCGGUGUCCUAACAUCAGGCCAGAAUAAAGGCCAUGGUUCCACCAGGACUUCUGGCUAGAACUGGCUAGGUCAAGGCACCAGAAUCUGGAAUCAGGCCCUUAACUGACAUGCAUUUGUGGGCAGGAGGGUCACUGACCAGAAUUCAGAGUGAAACAAGAUAUCCCAGCUCUGUCCUCAGAGUAGAGUGACCAGAUGUCCCGAUAAAUUGGGACUGUCCCAAUAUUUAACCCUUUGUCCCAUGU